AUGGAGGAGAUCUGCAUGUUUAUUGCAUUGGGAGCUCUCGGUGGUACAGCUUAUGCUGGCUACGAGAUGGUCGAGACACCUGGGUACUACGUUCACCAGUGGAACUUGGUCAACGGAGACCUUGUUCGACCUCUUUAUCUCAUUCUCGUCUAUGGAUGUUGCUACAGUGUAGUUUUGCCCCUGAUCAAGACCGCUAUCCUGCUUGACUGGUGCCGCGUCUUCGUACCAACCGACAAGUAUCGAAACCCAUUUUGGUGGGGAUGCGUUACCCUCAGUACCUUUCAAUGCGUCUGGGGCGUCAUGUGCAUCAUUCUCCUCAACAUGCAAUGCAGACCGCAUAACGCCAUCUGGGAAUUUUAUGUCCCGUCUAAAUGCUACGGACUUCCCUCCGUCAUGCUUGGAUCAGCGUCCGUUCAGGUCAUCACGGACAUCUGCAUGGUUCUGUUACCUCAGCGUGAGAUCUGGAGACUGCACAUGAACUGGCAGAGGAAGGCUGGUAUUGCCCUCAUGUUCGGCGUUGGCAUGAUUGCCUGCAUCGCUGCUUGCUUCCGCCUGUCUCACACUAUCACUUUCUCGAAGGAGCUCGACCGAAUGUACUUCAUUGGUCCCUUACUGUUCUGGGCAUGGGCAGAGAUGACGGCUGGCUUCUUCAUCUUCAGCUUCCCUUGCUUGCCGAGAAUUCUGGCCGAGUCUCCACUGCCUCAGACCGUGAAGUCGCUGUUCGGUAUCAGUGCAGGCUCUAGACCCAGUGCAAGUGGAAACUCCAACCCCAUUGUCACAAUCGGUGGAAGCGGCGCGAAGGCAAAGACGAAGGGUGGUCACGUGGAGAUUCCCGAUGAUGGUAUGCCAAUGGAUGAUCAAAGCCCGAACGACUCUCAAGAGGCCCUCUACCGUGGCAAGGCUCCUGAAGAGGAACAACAGAAGGAGAAUGGAGAGGUGAGACGGACGGUUCAAGUCUCGGUAACAUCAGAUGCGCGAUCGAACUCUCCUGUCCCGGACAAUGGCAUGCCGUGGAGCACCGUGGGCCGGCGCUACUAA